AUGGCCAAGCCUAAAAUAUUAAAGCCAUAUAUUAAGUCUGCAGUAAAGUCGAAGAGCAAUUGGACUGUUUUGACUGAUUUAUCCGACUUGAAAGCUGUUGUUUCUGAUAGUAAAUUGGCUAGAAAAACUUCUAAAGGCUUGAAGAGGAGGCUGAAAGCAGAAGAAAAGGCAGGAACAUCUUCAGAAGUUGUUAAGGAACAAGAUGUCGAGAUGGAGAAUAUUGAUAAGGUAAUUUUUGAUAUUAUUGCUUGACGUUUAGGUGAAUAUUAAGCAUAAUUGGUAUCAUUUUGAAGAAAAUUUAAUGGAGAAACAAUUCUUCUUAGUUUUAAACGGGUUUUGUUUGGUUUUGAAGACGAAGUAUGUUCAUAAAGAGAUGUAAUUAUGUAUAGGUGUACCUAAAAUAACUUUAGCCCAAACUAUACAUUGGAAUGAGAACAGCCCUUCGGCAGUUGAACGAAAACAACCUUGGGGCUAUAAUAAUUGACGAGAAGGUGAUAGCACCAUCAGCAGUUGCUCAGGUUUUCGACUUGGUGUCUUGCAAGUAAGUUAUUUUUUUCAUGUGGUGUAUCAUUGUUAAUAUUGAAGUUUAUAGCUCUGUAGUGGCUUUAAUACCUUACUUUUGGUUUGCUAAGGAAUAAGGAGAAUAUAAAGGCUUGUUUUAGUAGAUCAUGCGACUUCUACAAAGCAACUGCGCUGUCAGAAGAGCUGAAGAGCUUGUUGAACAUGCCUAAAGUGUCUUGUAUUGGGAUUGGAAAGGACGAACCGCUGGUAAUACAGCUGGAAUUGACAGCCGAGACAAAGGUAAGUAUUUUGGGUUUUGUUCUCCUUGUUUGGAUUAUGAUAUUACCGACUAAACGGGCUAAAACCUUAUGGACAAAAUAAAAAUUUGCUUUAUAGGUAGAAGUUGAAAAACUUCCGCCAACUUUUGCAAAACCUGAAUUCAAACAUCCUAAGGGCAAAAAUAAGCAUAAGAAGAAGAAAAUGUAA